AUGCCUCAAUUUUCAUUAAGUGAACAAAUUAUUUCAAAUUAUUGUACUGAAACAGGGUUCACAGAACAAGAGAUUGUUUAUGCGUAUGCAACGUUUAUGCGAGAUUGUCCAACCGGUCGUUGUUCACGAUCACAAUUUGAAUAUUUUUUCCGAAAAUCUCAAACAAAGCAUAUAGAUCGAAGAACAAAAAAAUUUUUUAAUAUGAUGUUUUCCAUUUAUGAUAUAAAUAAAGAUGGUGAAAUUGAUUUUAAAGAAUAUCUUUAUGCUUUAUCGGCAGCAACAUGUGCAAAUCGACUAAGAUUAGUUGAAACAUUAUUUGAAUUUUUUGAUACGGAUAAAAAUGGUUUUAUAACAAGAAAUGAAUUUGAAAAAAAGAAAAAAUUAGCCAGUGAUUUUCUACAUUUAGAAUCAAAUGAAAAAGCGGUAAUACUAGCAUUUCGUACUAUGGACACAGAUAAUGAUGGACUAUUAACAAAAGAAGAAUUUAUACAAUGGCAUUUACAACAAGGCUCAUUUCAAACGAAGACAAUACCAAAUGCUACUAGUGUGAAAGUGAAUAGGGAAACAUGUAAAGAGACACUGACUAUUUCAGCCACUGAAGAAGAUGACAAUAUUAUAGAAAAUAUAUCACAUGAGAAUAGAUUGGAAACAAGUCAAGUUUGUUCAACGCUAGUACAAAAAAAGAAAAUUAAAAAAUUAAAAGAAACAAAAAUUGUUUGUGAACCAACGCUACCAAUGAUGUCGGAUGUUCAAGAGAAAGAAAUAGAUUUAUUGAAAAUUACGCACAAUAAUCAAUCAAAACAAACCCGAACAAAAGCAGAAAAAUUGAGAAAAAAAACGACUCGAUUUAUGUAUAAUUUUGAUCAAAUUAAAAAUGUGUUUUCUAAUAAAAUGACAAUGAUAACAGAUUCAAAAGUUAAAAAAGAAAUAGUCACUGAUCAAUUGAAAAAGGAAAAACUAGAUGGACAAAAACAUCGAAAUUUAAACGAAGACAAAGAAGAAAUUUAUCCAAUUAAUGCUUGGCUUAAUGCAAAUACUCAAGCAGACAUUAAUAGAAAUUGGAAUAAUCAAGAUGUUCCUUUGAAUAUUGGAGUUAAUAAUCAUUUGGAAAAUCGAAAUAUCGAUGAUCGUCAACAUUUAUCUUUUAAAGAAAAUAGUGUAAAUAGUACAACAUUCAUGAAUGACAUUGACCAUAAUUUAUUUCGCAUAUUUCGAAAAGUUCGAAAUCGUUUUCGUAUACUUAAUGGAAUAUCUGAUAAUACAUCGUCAAUUCGACAAUUUAAAUCGACUGAUUCUGGUAUAUUAACAGCGUCUGUCUAUUCUACAACGUCAAAAUCGUGUUCAUCUAGUCAAUUUUCGACUGAUUCUAACUUUUAUAAUGGAUCUGAAUUUAAUGAGAAUGAUUUACACAACACAAAUGAAAAUAUGACAGAUUUAUUUGAUAUGUUAGAGAAAAACUUUUUACAAAUAUUAUUUGAACUCCGACAACAAAAUCAAUCUGAUACAAUCAUUCACGAACAUCAAGAUUUAAAUGAUAAAGAAUCAAUUGAAAAUAAAUUUAACGAUGCUGUUAAUAACAGUAUUGACAAUCGAAUUCUAUUACAAAGACAAAAAAAUUUGGAUGAUAUUAUAACAGUUUUGUCUAAUAAUGAUCAGAAGAUGUUUACAACAGUCUCUGAUAAUAAUGAAUGUCAAUGUGCACAAUUUAAAACAUGUUGUAAAAACAGAAAAGAUUCAGAAUCACUUGAAAGAAACAAAACAUUAUCAUUAUUGAACAUCAAUAACGAUGAUGUUGAUAAUGAAAUUAAAAUAUAUCGACUUUAA